GUCUUAAAUAUUCACACUUUUGCAGCCAAAAACAUUAUGACAAGCUAGCAUUAGUUUCUUUGGAAUAUAAAAACCUUCUCUAAAUUUUUCCUUGAAAAAUAACAAAGACAUCUCUCCAUCGUUAAGUUAAGCUAUCACCUCUUCUAAAACCAUCACUACUUAAAUACUGGACAAAGUCUUAAGUAUCAUAUACAACUUCGAUCCCCGUAAUCACCUUCGACACUCUUUUUUUCUUUGUUUUUUGCCAUUAUAUAAUAAAUUAUCAUUUUAACGAACACGUUGUGUACAUGGACUUGAGCGUAGUCCCAUACAAGCAUCAUCAUCGUCAUCACCUUCAGUCAACCAAGGCCGAAAAUGAGAACGAAGACGGCGACGUGGUGGAGCCCAAAUCCUCCUCCGAGAAGAACGAGCACAAGUCUAACAAUUCCAACAACAAUGUCAAGUACAGAGAGUGCAUGAGGAACCACGCAGCUUCCAUCGGCGGCCACGCCAACGAUGGCUGCGGCGAAUUCAUGCCUGGCGGAGCAGCUAAUGAAGAUGUCGGCUCUGUCGAAUCUCUCACGUGCGCCGCCUGCGGCUGUCAUCGAAACUUCCACCGUCGUGAAGUUCUCCUCGGAGGUAUCCCUUACUCCCCGCCGCCACACCCAAUGGCGCUCUUGUACAAUGCGGGAACUACCACGCCUCGGUGGGACCCGAAGAUGGUAGUCGGGCCUCGCCGCAACCAUCACACUUCUCAUCGGAACGGCGCGCGGGGUAUUCAUGAUGACGGAAGUGAUAAAGAGUAUGAUCGCAGGUCGUCAGAGACACCGGAUAGAGAAGAUAAUAUUCUGGCGCCGGCGUCCGGAUCCGCCGCAAGCGGAGGAAGUGGGAAGAGGUUCCGAACGAAAUUCACGGCGGUGCAGAAGGAUAGGAUGCUGGAAUUCGCGGAAAGCAUUGGGUGGAGGAUUCAGAGGCAGGACGAGGGGGCGAUCAACCAGUUCUGCUCUCAAAUUGGGGUUAAGAGAAAUGUCCUCAAGGUGUGGAUGCACAAUAACAAGAAUGCACAUCGCCGCAGAGAACCACUGCCCGCGCCUUCGUCGACUCUACCCGAACCGCCGCCGUCUCUUCCUCCUCACACGGCGGUGCAGCCUCCCGCGGUCGGGGUCUGACAAAGAGAAAAGAAGCGCACGUUGUCGUUUACGCCUCUUACAAGUGAGGCAAGCAAGUUAGAGCUCAAAAGUAAGUUCGAGAGAAAAAUUUGGCAGCAAGCAACUACAAUAUAAUCUGAAGUGUUACAAGGGUUAAGAAUCUUAAGAUUAUUUCAACUAGUUAACUCAAUUUGGAUGAGAACUAAAUACCUAAAUUGUAUUAUGACUCUUCGAAAGUUGAUACUGAACUUGAUAGGUUCCACUGAUUCAGAGAAGAUUUUUAGUUUUUCUAUGUGACUUUUAAAUAAUUGUCUGCUCAAGUUGUACUAUUUACCUAAAUGAGCUCAGAAUUAAGAUCAUGAGAAAUGCAAGUUCACAGUUUGUUUA